CUCAUGUCUGCAGCACUGCCCAGUUAGUAUAUAAAGCUAAGAAGACAAGCUGAAAACAUCUAAAAUGAAACUGGAUUCUUUAGCAGAAAAGAAGUUAGACACAGACUGUGGUUUCUUAAAGUGUCACCAUUCAAAUCUUCGUAAUUCAAUUAGUGAUGAAAAAUUACAAGAACUGUCAACUCUUCAAAGUGAUGAAAAGCGAUUUUCAUUUGUCUAUAAAUUGCCUGUUGUUCAUGAAUAUGAGGUAAAGGCUUCCAGUUCUGGAAAAAAUGAAACAGAAGCAGGACAAUUAAAGGAAGAAGGAAACAAAGCAUUCCAAAAUGGAAACUACCAGAGUGCAAUGCAAAGUUACACAAAGAGCAUUAUGAAAAUACCAUGGGCUAAAGAUUCAACCCGGGAACUUGCUAUUACAGUGGCCAACCGUUCUGCUACAUUCUACCACUUACAGAAGUAUCAAUUGGCAUUGCAAGAUAUUGACCUGGUCUUCUCACUUGAUUAUCCACCAGAACUUAGCUACAAAGUUCUUGACAGGAAAGCUCGCUGUCUUCUUGCAAUAAAACAACUGAAGGAUGCACUCGAAGCUUUCAGGUGCACUCUCACGGCCCUGGACUUAGCCAAACUACCUGUGGAAAGAAAGCGAAAAUGGGAAAUGGACGUGCAAAUUAUGCUUACAAUGUUGGCCAAGAACAAGGUCCUUGCUAAUGAGCCUAGAACACUUCCAGAAGAUGCAACUUUACCCAGUGUGACUUGGCAGCAGCAUUCACGUUAUGUGUCAGCAAGUUCUGCAGUAAAAAUAGAAGAGAACAAGGAUAUGGGGCGAUUUGCAGUGGCAGGGAAAGAAGUGAAAGUAGGAGAUACGCUGGUGGUUGAAUCAGCAUUUGUUGCAGUCUUAUUAGCAGAACAUGCUGGCACACAUUGCUUUCAUUGCUUCAGAAGGUUGGAAGCUGCUUACCCAUGUAAUCAAUGCACCAGAGUGGCAUUCUGCAGUGUUGCAUGCCAGUCAGAAGCCCUUGCAACUCAUCAUGCAGUUGAGUGUCCUAUACUUGAAACCCUGUGGUCCUCAGGAGCUUCCAUUAUUUGCCUCAUGGCUCUACGAAUAUUGUCACAGCGGGGACUCAAAUAUUUCCUUGAUAUGAGAGACAUUCUGAAAAAGGGCUGUGAUGUUGUAAAUAGCUCUCAGAAAUAUCAUCCCACAGACUAUCGAACAGUAUAUAAUCUUGUGGGUCAUUCAGGAAUGCGAACAGCACUCGACUUCUUACUGAGAACAGAUACAGCCAUUUUAUUAUUCAGGUGUCUUAAAGUGGCAGGUUUUUUCAACAUGCACCCAUCAGAAUCAGAACAGGAGCUAAUGCCUGAUGAGGUGUUUGUCGGAGCAUUACUGCUGCAUCAUCUUCAGUUAUUACAAUUCAAUGCUCAUGAGAUUUCUGAACUGCAAUUGGAAAAACCAAAUAAAAUUGAUUCUGCUCGCUCUGUAUUCCUAGGGGGGGGAUUAUUUCCAACCCUAGCCCUGUUCAACCAUUCAUGUGACCCAGGAAUAACAAGAUAUUUCCAGGGAACAACAGUUAUAGCUCGUGCCAUCAAAAACAUCCACUGCGGAGAGAUGAUUGCUGAAAACUAUGGACCAAUUUUCACUCAGACCCCUCGAGCAGAGAGGCAAGCUACUCUGAAAUCUCAAUAUAAAUUUGAUUGUCUCUGUGUGCCUUGUAAUGAAGACUGGCCCAUGUUCAACAACAUGAACCAGGGAAUUAUGAGAUUUCGAUGUACUGGCACAGAAGACGGUAAAAUCCGUAAGUGCAACAAUGUGAUCAUUGUACCAACAGACACUUCAGACUUCAUGAUCCGAUGUGCUGUCUGCAAAGAGAACACCAACAUACUCAGAGGACUGAAAGUCCUGCAGGACACAGAUGCAAUGUUCCAUAAAGCAACACAACUGAUGGAUGAAGGUAAAGUGAGACAGGCUCUGGAUAAAUACACUGAAAUCUUGGGUCUUCUCGACAGUAUACUGGCUCCACCUUUCAAGGAUUUCCACCUGUGUCAGCAAGCCAUUCGCCACUGCAUGCUCAGUUUUGGCAACAAAUCAGUUGUGUCAAAGAAAGUCACAAAGUGAAAGAUGUCAGCACAUACAUGACCUGAGAAUUAUUUUAUGCCUGUGAGUGGUUUAUCACACUCUCUUAACCCCAAGAGGAAAAUUCCUAUACCUGUUUAUAUAUGAGAAAAAUAAUUAUUUAUCACAGACCAUUACAAAUGACUACACAUCAUGUUACCAGGCAGCGGCAUGUAAAAGUUUGAACUGAAGAGAGGCAGGUAGCUCAGUCUAACUACUGUGCACAAAUAACUGCAAAUCCAUGUCAUAAAAUAAACUGCUAUGAUGUUAGCAGUCGAAUAAAGGAUAGUAAUAUGACAAUGGGGCAUAACAAUUUUCACCAGUGUCAGGAUUGUGACAUUCAAAGUGGAUGCUCACUACAGAUAGUAACUAAAAUUUGGUUCAGUUCUUGGUAAAAAAAUUACAGAAGAAAAAUAAGAAUUUUUGCUUGAAUUACUGUUUAUAAGGGAUGUUCUUAAAUGGUAAGUUCUUAUUAACAUCCUACAGUGAGUUAAUCAUGUUAUAUAAGCUGAUCUAAUAGGGAAAAUUUUAACUGAAGUAUAACCCUUGUGAUGGGUAUUUAAGUUUUCAUAAUUAAACAUGCCAUUGUAUGCUUACAUUUACACAGCAUGUCAUUAGUAAUUAUCAUGCUUGUAAAAAUGCACAGUGUUGCAGUAUUCUAAAAAUGGAGGCAUUGUGUCCCCCUAAAAACAUUGCAAACCUUUUCCACUAAUACAGUGGCAUCAGAACUGAAAGGAGAAAACCUGAAGAGUAUUGUCGGUAUAUGUGUGACUAUAUGGGGUGGUUUGGAUUGGUGAAUAAAUUUAUUCACCACUUACAGGUCAUAAAUACAAAUAAGUAUAACAUUAUUGCUAUU